GCGCCCCAACUUUUUGUCCCAAGUAAACUUUUUCUGUCGCGUGGAAACCUGGAUACAUUUUGUUGUUGUUGUUGUUUCAAUUUUUUUUCAUACAAAGUGCAUUAUUCCACCGCAACCCAAUGAGGGAAUAAACGCGCCGUUUUGACGUGCCUCGGAGGUAAAGAGAUGCCCGACGAAGCUGUGCAAGACGGAUCGAGCUGCCCCGUGUCUCCAGCAGACAGCGUCCCGAGCAGCAGUGAAGGCGAACUCGAGCGGCACACCAAGAAGAGCGUGCGGAAAAGACGCUCGAGCCGCAAGGACGCCGAGGACUCGGACAGCUCUGUGCCGGGAAAGAGAGGGAAGAAGUCGAGCAACGGGAGCGGAGCAAGCAGCGGCAGCCCGCCAUCUCUCGAGGAGCUUCACUCGCAGCGUGUCAUGGCUAACGUGCGCGAGCGGCAGAGGACGCAGUCCCUGAACGAGGCCUUCGCCGCGCUGCGUAAGAUCAUCCCCACGCUCCCUUCUGACAAGCUGAGCAAGAUCCAGACACUUAAGCUCGCCGCACGCUACAUCGACUUCCUGUGCCAGGUACUGCAGAGCGACGAGCUCGACUCAAAGAUGGCAAGCUGCAGCUACGUGGCCCACGAGCGCCUCAGCUACGCGUUCUCCGUCUGGCGCAUGGAGGGCGCGUGGUCCAUGUCGGCGUCUCACUAGCGCGCGCCACAAACUCAACGCGCAAGGAACGACUGGGGCGCUGGACGGUGACAGUCAUCUUUGCUGACGAGACUAACGUGGAGCGAUGUAUGAAAACAAUGCUGGAUACUUACAUUUCUUAAAAUAGUGGAGGAAAGACUAUUAUGGACUCUUUAGCAGAGGAAAGUGGAACUUUAUGGAAAAGAGGCCGCAGACAAUGCCUUCUGAACCGCUUGGCCCAGAGUAAUAGUCUUGACGCUGAAUGUCUGAAUUGUGUGUCACGAUGCGCACCUUUACCACGAGAACAGCAGAAACCGCGAACUGCAUCCAGGAAGGAUUCCAGAAGAUUUCGUGUGGUACUGAAGUAAAUUAGGACAUGUAGUUCGAGCUUUAUUUAUUUAUUAUUGACACGAGUUGUCAAAUGUGCCAAAUGUGUUUCUGUGUCGAAAAUGAAUCCCUAUUUUUAUUACUUUUGUAAAUAAAUGUGCAUUGCUGUAAUAAAGGUUACGAAUUUUAAAAGGACAAAAGAACAUAA